CCGGGAUGCCGCUCCUGCUGCAGAUGAGCCUGACCUGGGCCAGCCCAGCUCCAGACAAAGCCAGGUGGGGAGACGCGCAGAUAUUCCACUGGACUGGGAGUCAGGAGACUGGAUUUCUAUUCCUGGUUCUACUACAAUUCAGCUGGGUGACUUUGGGCAAGUUCCUUCACUUCUCUUUCCUCUCCUGUGGUUUCAGGGGGUUGGACUGAAUGUUCUCUGAAGUCCCUUCCAACUCUAACAUUCUAUGGGUCUAUGAUCACCUCCCUCUCUUGCUUUUGGAACUGACCUGCAAUUUUCAGUGUAGACAGUGAACCUUAAUCAAUCCAAAUCAUGGAGACUAACCAGGAAUCAUCCCUCUUCUUGGUGAAGAUUUUGGAGGAGCUAGACACCAAACAGAACACAGUUUCCUACCAGGACCUUUGCAAAUCGUUGUGUGCUCGAUUUGAUUUAUCUCAGCUAGCCAAGUUGAGAAGUGUGUUGUUUUACACAGCUUGUCUUGAUCCGAAUUUCCCAGCAACUUUAUUCAAAGACAAAAUGAGAUGCACUGUGAACAAUCAGCAAUCAAAGAAAAUCAUGGUGGCUGCAGAUAUAGUAACAAUAUUCAACCUGAUCCAAAUGAAUGGGGGUGCAGCAAAGGAAAAAUUGCCUGCAGCGCGACAGAAAGUUAGGAAGAAUGAAUCAUUCGAAUCAUGCAGGUCUGACACUGAGAUAUGCAAUGUGAUAGACUGUGUGCCUCCUAAUUGUGAGCCAAGAGACAGGGAAUUUAACCGGGGCUAUUCAGCAAGACGAUCGUUGAAGUGCAGGAAGAUGGACUGCAAAGACUGCCAACAAUUCGUACCUGCCUCAGAGCCUAACUUUUUGUUGGGAGUUAAUAAGGAGACAAAAAGCCGGGCAGCUUCACUUGACAGGCUGCAGGCCCUGGCAUCCUAUUCCAUUGCAAAUUCUCAACCAUGUGAAAUGCAGAGCACUUAUUUUCCCAUGAACAUUGAAAAUGAGUCUAUAUCAGAUCAAGACUCCUUACCCAUGAACCCCGGGAUGAAAGAAACCUUCAUUUCCAAUGAGGAGCCUUUUGUGGUCCAGUCCUGUGUGCAGAAGAGAAACAUUUUUAAAGAAGAUUUUCAUAAUCUGAUCACAGUGUCACCAAGCUUAGUGCCCCCUGGCAAGAAAGCAGAUGAUGUGCUGGGAGAGCCGCAGACCAGAAAAGAAACUCAUAAGCCAGCGUUCUUUAAUCACAGCUUUGAAAUGCCAUACAAUAGCCAAUAUUUAAAUCCUGUUUACUCUCCUGUCCCUGACAAAAGACGGGCAAAGCAUGAGAGCUUGGAUGAUCUCCAAGCUUCUACAUAUUUUGGACCCACUACAGUUCUAGGGGCCCAAGAAGGGAAGAGGUGGUCAGGGAAGCCAAGUAAGCAGACUGCCUGGCCAGCAAAGAGCUGGAGUUUAAACACUGAGGAGGUUCCUGACUUCGAAAGGUCUUUUUUCAAUAGGAACCCAACUGAUGAGAAACCUCGAUAUCAGGGUUCAAGCAAUCAGCCUUCCAAUUUCUCAGCCUCAGACAGGCACCAGACGUACUUAAAUCCAGAAGAUCAACAAGCAAUCAUCCCCACAAGCUAUGCAGUGAAACAAAAUGUUCACAAGUCUAAAGAGAUUCCCUGUCCCAUUGACAUUGAGAAACACGAGCCCAUCAAAAAGUUCAAGGACAAAAGCAUUAACUGUACAGCGGUUCAGAUGAGCAUUGACAAAACCAGCAGCGUGGGGACUCAAACUGACCAGCACAUUCUGGAGCUCAAGAAAUGUAAAGAUCUGUGUACCUCCAAUCAGAGCAAGUAUGGAGAAAGGCAUUCGGUGAAGCAGUCGGAUGAGGACUCAGAAAUCAUUAGUGAUGACAUCAGUGACAUUUUUCGGUUUCUGGACGACAUGAGCAUCUGUGGUUCCACUGGAGUGAUACAGUCCUCUUGUUACAACAGCACCGGCUCCUUAUCUCAGCUAAAUAAAUCAGACUGUGACAGCUCACCUGAGCACAACCUAGCCAAAAUUACCAGUGGAAGCACUGGCAAUAAGAUAGACAAGGGGGGCCGAUCUGAAAAGGACAAUCCUGAAGAUGAGUUAAAAACAAGCGUUUGCAAACUAGUGCUUAGGAUUGGCGAGAUAGAAAGAAAACUGGAAUCUCUGUCAGGGGUUAGAGAGGAAAUCUCUCAAGUUUUAGGCAAAUUAAACAGGUUGGAUCAAAGAAUACAGCAGCCUGAGAAAGUCAGUGUACAGAUCGAUCUGAAUUCCUUAACAAGUGAGGUUCCGUCUGAUGACAGCACCUCUCCCCAAAUAUUCCAUCCCCACAAUAGCUCACACGGAAGCAAGUUGGAAAACAGUCCGGACUGGUGUUGUUCUGAUGCUAGUGGAAGCAACAGUGAAAGCCUUCGAGUCAAGGCCUUAAAAAAGAGUCUGUUUACCAGAAGGUCCUCAAGGUCACUGACUGAGGAGAAUAGUGCUACUGAGUCAAAAAUAGCAAGCAUUUCCAAUUCUCCCAGAGACUGGAGGGCGAUCACUUACACCAAUGAGGUUGGCCUCAAUGAAGAAGAGAUAAAAGACAGAGGAGCUGCAGAAAAUAAAGACUGGCACAGAAAAUCAAAAGAGGCAGACAGACAAUAUGAAACUCCUCAGCCCCACCGAAUAGCUAAGCAACCAAAAGAUGGUUUCUUGGUGGAACAAGUCUUCAGUCCUCACCCCUACCCUGCGUCGCUCAAGUCACACAUGAAAAGCAACCCAAUGUACACAGACAUGAGGCUGACCGAAAUGGCUGAAGUAAAGCGAGUCCAGCCCUCUUGGACCAUAGAAGAAUAUGCAAGGAACUCUGGGGAAAAGGGAAAGCUGACGGCUCUGGAUCUCCAGGAGCAAAGGCGCAGCUAUGCCCCCAAAGUGCGCGAUAGGCCGUGGAGCCAGCGGGGCUUCAUCCACAGGGGAGUGAAUGAAUGUCCUUGUUUAGUUGCAGACACUGGAAUGGAAGCAACCAAGGCUCGCACUGGGUUUUAGAGACCCAGCCUUUAAGGAAUGUGUGGGACUCUAAUGUGCCUCUGUUCUUGAGCAUAAAAAUAAAAAAAAGCAACGGCCAAAAUGGUGUCUUCUUUCAAAUACAGGAAUGAACAACCCCCACCAGCCCCAACAAAUGGAAAUUUUGGCUUCUGGAUUUUAGUUGAACGUUAAUUAAAAGUGCAAAAGAGAGCUGUUUCUAUUUGGCUUUCAUAUAUCAUAGAACUGUUACCAUGAAAUAAAGAAACUGCCCUGCUGUGUGUGAGAGUCCUUCAUGGUUCAAAUUAUCCAUUUAAAGUGGAAUACACAGUCAAUAUCAAAAAGGAGAUGCCUCCUUAAGUGCUCAUUAAUCUCAAUGAAGCCAAGAGACCUGAUGUUAUUGAUACUUCUUAUUGGGGAAAGAUAAAAGGAAUUUUUAAACAUAACUAAGACCAGAUUGGAAGGGGAAAUUUACAGAUUAACCUGAGAGUACAGGGUUUUCUAAAUAAUCAUUCAAACAACUAGUAUUGUCAUGACUUUGUGGUUGCAUUCAGGUCUGCCUAUGUAAAAGUAUAAUGCAGUCAAGAGUUCUGGAGUAUCACAAGACCUGGCUUCUCCAGUCCUGGCUCUGUCAGUAACUUACUGUAGGACUUUUACUCUCCGAGCCUGUUUACUCAUUAGUAAACUGAGAAUUUGAGAGUACAUGAUCUCAGAGGUCCCUUCCAGCCCUAAGAUCACAGGAUUCACUUGAAUUGUUCAGUUAUUUUGUUGUUGUUCCAGCAUUUUGCAAGGAGGGCCCUUUGAUUUUUCAAGAGAAAUGUUUCCUAAAUAGUACGGAAUGCCACAAUUCUUGUGAUGAUUUUAAUUACAUUUAAUUACUGGCCUGAUGGCCUAAAGACUAUUUUCCUGUUUCUACUCUGUCCUUUCAAUGGGCAUACUCCUGGCGUGAAAACCUUCCCCAAUGUAUUAUAUCAGUGGGAAUAACGGAUGUAGAUGGAUUUCUGAUCAAAUAUACAUAGUGGGUUUGCACUUCACAACAUUUUACUUGUUUGUGGAGAUAUGGCCAAUGCGCUUUCAUGUUUCAGAAAAUUCAUGGCAUUUGUGGUGGAGGGAAGAGGGGUAAAUGUACUUGGUGAAGUUGUAGUGAAUGGAUGGAACAGUUUGCUUUCUAACUGGGUGGCUGAGGGAGGAGGCAGUGUUAACUUGU